CCUCUGGAAACAAAGAAAGGAAGAAAAUUGAGAAUUGGGUUAGUGAGAGAGAGAAGGAAGAAGAAGCAAAAGCCCUUUCCUUUCUCUCUUUUGUUUUUGUUGGUUUUCUGCAGCAGCAUUAUCAUCAUCAUCAUCAUCAAUCCCAUUCCAUCCCACAACACCAUUAAACCACACUCAGCCUCUCUCUCUCUCUGUCAUCACACUCUUGCUCACUCCUCUCUCUCUCUCUCUCUCUCUCUUCCUUCACUCUGCUUCUUCCAUACUCUGUCUGCUUCUCUUUUCUUUCUUUAACCCUGAAAUAGAGGAAGCAAGAGAAGAAGGUUUUUAAUGUGCACCCACCUCUCUGCUCCACCUUCUUCUUCCUCUCUCCCCUUCUUCCUCCUCCUUCCUGUUCUUCUUGUGCAUUCUGACUGACUCCCUUCCACCAUCCUUAACUCUCUCCCUCUCUCCUCAUUUUGCUCUCUGGGUCCUUGUUUCCAUUGCUAUACACAAUCACAUAACAGAGCCAGUUGACAGAGCACAUCACCAGGCAAACCCACCAUUCUGAAGCUUUGGUUCUAGUUCCUUUUUCAAUCCCUUUUUUCUUCUGUCAAACAGAUCUAAUUUUACCCAUAACGCGCACCCCAUUUACCCAUACCCAUAACUGGAAGCUUCUUUCUGAGACAACACAACAACUGGGGAGCUAUGAGUAAAGAAGAGUUCUUAAAGAUCCAGACCUGCGUUCUCAAAGUUAACAUACACUGCGAUGGCUGCAAGCACAAGGUCAAGAAAAUCUUGCAGAAGAUUGAUGGGGUGUUCAAAACCCAUAUAGAUUCAGAGCAGGGGAAAGUGACGGUUUCAGGAAACGUCGACCCUGCCGUCCUGAUCAAGAAGCUCAACAAAGCAGGGAAACAUGCUGAGCUCUGGGGCGCCCAAAAGCCCAACGGCAACAAUAACAACAAUCACAAUCUCAAUCAACUGGCCAAUCAAUUGAAGAACAUGCAAAUUGAGCACGGCAAAGGCGGCGGCCAGAAUAACGGCAAAGGCGGUGCUGGCGGCGGCGGCGGCGCCCAGAAAGGCGGUGGGGGACACCCUGCUAGUCAUAACAAUAACCCCCAGAAUCAGUUCAAAGGAGGCGGUGGUGGACAUCAGCUGAACCCACAGCAGCUACAGCAGAUGCAACAAAUCCAGCAGAUGCAGCAACUGCAGCAGAUGAAGGGGUUACAAGAUCUGAAACUUCCCCAAGGCAUGAAAAUGCCGCAGCAGCCGAAUCAGCCGCAGAAGAUGCCUCCCCACCUUCAGCAGCAGAAUCAGAAGUCGGUCAAGUUCGCCGCCGCUGAAGAUGACGAGUUCAGUGACGAUGAUUACGACGACGACGAAUUUGACGACGAGGAUGAUUACGAUGAUGACGAAUUUGAUGACGAGAUGGACGCCGCUCCUCCCAGUAAGCCCAAGCCGAUGAUGGGAAAUGGUCACCCCGGCAUGAUGAUGAACGCCGCCGGCGGUGGAAUGCUUCCGCCUCAUAUAGCUGCCGCUGCUGCCGCCGCAAAGAAAGGCGGCGCUGGCGGUGGAGACGGUCCAGGUCCCGUUCAUUUCAACAACGGUGGUGGAAAGAAAGGCGGUGGCGGUGUAGGAAAUCCGAGUCAUAUUCCGAAUCAAAACGGUAAAGGUGGCGGCGGCGGCGGCGGUAAGCCACAAGACGGUAAAAAUGGCGGCCACGGUGGAGGUGGCGGUGGAAAGAACGGUCACAACGGCAAUAAUGGCGGUGGCGGCAACGGUAAUAACAUGAACAUGGCCGGGGGCAAGAAGGGAAAUAACGGUGGCGGUGGUGGAGCGAGCAGUAAUGAAGGCUUCAGGAGCGUGGGUGGACCCCACGGCGGCAUGGGUAUGGGCCCAAUGGGCGGAGGAAUGAACGGCAUGCCGAUGGGCCAUCAUCAAGCUCCAAUGGGCCAAAUGCCCAAUAACAUGGCGGCGGCGGCAGCGGUCCAAGGCCUACCGAUGAACGGCGGGGGUGGAGGCGGCGGCCCCCCGGUCGGUUACUUCCCCGGAUCCGGCCCGGAUGGAAUGCCCGGAAACCCAUCUCUCCAGCAACAGCAGUACAUGGCGGCGAUGAUGAACCAGCAAAGAGCAGCCGCGGCAAUAGCUGCCGGCGGCGGCGGCGGCGACCAGAGGUUCCAGCCGAUGAUGUACGCCAGACCCCCACCGGCGGUGAACUACAUGCCUCCGUACCCGUACCCAUACCCGCAUCCCCACGCUACCGACCCGUAUACGAAUUACUUCAGCGACGAGAACACCUCGAGUUGCAACGUCAUGUGAGGACGAAAACAAGCCCCGGGUCGGGUCCGGAUUGUUGAGCUGCCCGCCGGGCGUUUAGCUUGCUUAGCUUUUGUUGCGGUGGAGGAAAAUUGGGGGAGUUUGAUAUACGACAAACAACAUCGAAAUGGGUCUUCUUUCUUUCUUCUUAAUUUAAAUUUUCAUCCAAUGUUUAUUUUUAGUUUAUUUUUCAACUUUGAUAUAUUUAUUUUGGUUUUUUUUUUUUCCUUUUGAAUGAAGGGAGUCCAAAUUAAGGUGAACUUAGGGAGUGGGAGGGAAGGAGGGAAGGAUUAGUAGUGGUAGUAUUAGUAAGUGGGGGGACUCUCUUUCUUUUUUGUUAUGGAGGAUGAUAAUGAUGUUUAUAUGUGUUUAUAUGUUGCAAAACCAAAAAUAAAGAUUUAAACACCUAAACAAAGGGAAAUCAGAGAAUGUGGGUUUUGAAAGCAAGAAAGAUAGGAAAGACAAACCCCACACUCUAUUCUUCUCUUUUGCCUUAUUUCUCUCCUUGAUUUGCUCUUUUCUUUGCCUUCUUGCUUUUCUCUUUAUGCUUUAGCCUGAUGGGAAACAAUCAAAGCAAGGAAACUUCAGAUUUGGGGUUUUGCCAAUCUAACGAGAGCUCGAACUCAACUCGGUGCGCGAUUACAAGGU